UAACGUGCGACGACGAUAUCGUCACAUUCCACGAGUGAUUUUUUGUAGUGUUUUGCAAUGUACAAGACUGGUCAUCUAGAGAGAGUCUGAAACACCUUUGUGGUGAAGGUGUCGACGUAUUUGGGUAAAUACAUGUUGCUACUAAUGCAUUUCAGCCAGUCAAGACAAUAUGAAACAUACCGACCUUUCGUAUUUAAUGAUUGCAUAACCCUUGUUUUUCCCGAAACACUGACACGUGCUAACUAAACGAGGACGAGUUGACUAUACUCAGGUAGCCUCUUAGCUACGUGUUCUAAAAUAGACGAUCAUCUAUUUACCGUAACUUCUCCUUAUACCACGCAGGUAGUCAUGAUUCAUGGUAGCCAAUUAAAACAUCUUUAUCAUAAUUUUUUUGCCGUUGGCUGUGUGUGAAUGUGAAGGCUAUAUCAUAUAAGGCUAUGUGUGCUAUGGCCCUAACUGAAAUGACAAUGCCAGAGACAACCUAUGUUUUUGAUGUAAAUUUUUUUUUAGCUACCUAUCAAAGUUUUGCUUAGGACAAGUUGUUGUUUUUGCCAUUUGGUACAAGAGACAUCUAAGGCAAUGUUGUUUCUCUUACCGUCUGGUGUGUUUAGUACUUGUAGCCUGUUGGCUGAGGAGACAGAGGAGGCAAAAAGUGAAGACACGGAUUUGUUGUCUUGCUUUGCUUCAUUGGGUCAACCUGAAGGAAGACGAAUGGGGAGCCAUCCCCUGGAGAAUGUGACCAAUCCAAACGGCUCACUCAUGAGCCAAAAGCUCUCAGCUCUCCAAUCAAACUCAAGACCAGAGCCGAUGGUCUCGGCCCGCCUCGAGAGAAAACGUAAAAAACUCAGUAAUUGCAAAUGCAAAACGACGCCUUCUCUCAUCUCCGCUGCGGGUCUCACUGGUACGACCGAUGGAAUCCACAAGACCUCUGUGUCUCAGGACUUUUCUGACCCGGGUCUGUCCUCUGUUCAGCCCCCUCAUCCUGCAUUCACCGUGCACAGCAAUGAAAAGCUCCUCCCUGUCACACAGUCCCAUGUCCCUUGCAGCCUGCCUGUGGCGUGGCGUCCCAACCCUUCCCAAACCAACACAGCCCCCACUAGAGCCACCAAGCACAAACCAGGCCGGCGAAGGAGCCUCCGCGGCCUAAAGCUCGCCGUCAAAGGAACCUCCCUUCUCUCCAUGCGACGUAAAAGCCGGUUGCAGAGACGGCAUAAUGUCAAGUACCAGCUGGGGAGGAAGUGGCGGACACUCAGUUUUCACUUCUGGGCAUCCAUUGUCAGAGCUAAGAGAGAAAUGAGAACCAGGAAGCUCCUGAUGUCUAUUGUGACAGUGAAGAAUGCGAAAGCAGCGAACGCUGGGGAAAGAAAAGGAAGCCAGAAAUUGCCAGAGAUAUGUGAGAGAGAAGUGGUCUCUUUGGACAUUGGAUGUAAUAAACCAAGCCUUGUCAGCGCAGCGGAAAGCCAGGCGAAGGGGUCCUCCGACCAGAAAGCGUGUCCACCCGUGGGCACAUCUGCCCAAUGUGGCAACCCCGGCACGGAGGGCGUCGACUGUGGCGUAACCAGCGAACGGCGUGGCGUUGCCCCCGAAACAAACCAGGCCCCUUUGGAUACAAAGCGACCGCCGCCGUUACCCCUUCGGAGCCCGUGGGCGUCCAGAGGCAUCUGUUGGGAAACAACACGAAGCCUCAUCUAUGAGUUCCUUCACUGCUUUUACGUUAAGUAUGGAAGCUUCAUCCCACUGAGGAAGGGCGACGUAUUGGUGCACCUUAACGAUAAGCUAAACACGGACCUUACUAAGUGGAAGCCUUUCAUCUCUGCAGAAGCAAGGGAGCUCAAGGCUGUGGUGAUGCGUGCACCUAUGCCCUCUUUCAGAGUGCUCUACAAUAAGCACACCUUGGGCCUGGAGGACCUGUCUACACUGGACCACCAAAACUGGCUUAAUGACCAGGUCAUGAAUAUGUAUGGAGAUUUAAUCAUGGAGUCCGCACAGCACAGGGUCCAUUUCUUCAACAGCUUCUUCCACCGACAGCUUAUGACGAAAGGAUAUGAAGGUGUGAGGAGGUGGACCAGGAAGGUGGACCUGUUCUCCAAGUCUCUGCUGCUGGUGCCCAUCCACCUGGAGAUCCACUGGUGCCUGGUGACGGCCGACACAACCACCAAGAGGAUCCACCUGUAUGACUCCCAGGGCUUUGAUUUCAAGGAGGCAGCUGAGAAUGUGUUGCGUUACAUAAUGACAGAAGCAUUGGAGAAGAAGCAACCCUCGUUUCAAAGUGGCUGGAAGAUUUAUUUAAACGAGAGUAUACCACAACAGACCAAUGAAAACGACUGUGGCGUUUUUGUCUUAGAGUACUGCAGAUGCCUUGCCUUGGGGAAACCAUUGCAUUUUUCACAAGGGGACAUUCCGAGGUUUCGGAAGAGAAUCUACAAAGAGCUCUGUGAGUGCAAGCUCCAGGACUGACAUCCUUUCCUUUACGCUCUCCUGGUCUGAAACCUCGACUCACUUGUCUGUUUCUUUUCCCUAGUUGUUAUUUAUUGAUUAUUUAGCAUGCCGAUCAGCGUGGAACCAAGUGUUUUAGGAUUUGUGUGUCCUGAGACUGGUCUCUCUUUAGCUGUAAAGCUUGGCAUAUCAGUUUUUAAGAUCUGGUACACACAGUCCAAGACAAGUCCUGAUACGCGUGUCCACGGUUUGUCAACAGUUACUGCAUUUAUUUAGUGGGCAUUCUCAGUUUGGACCAUGGCUGAAGGCAUCAGAAAUUAUUAAUUUUACCUUGUCAGUGAAUUUGUUUAAAAUCCAGAGUAUAAUCAUGUUGUUUGUGUUUUUAAUGUUUUGGACAUAAUGUAUGUCACAUUUCAGUUUUUUGCCACUGAUACAUUGAAUUCAUUUGGAAAUGAACUUGUCUUUGUUACAUUCGCACUGCAGCUUGAAUGGGACUAUCUGUAGUUACAAUAUUUUGUAAUUAUUGUGUACCUAUUGACACUUGAAAAAUACUUAUAAAUGAAUGAACAUGAA